AACUAGAGAAGAAAAGGAAUUGAGCUGCUGUUGCUUUAAAAGAUUGCAGGCAUGUGGAUGAACUGCAGGAUCAAAACUUUCCAUUCCAAUUGGAAUAACAAGAAAAGUCAUCUCACGCGCUGGGACACACUUUGGUUUCAUCAGCUGCCUUCUUUUGAUCUGCAUUUGUGCCCAUUGACUCUUGCCCUGUUGCUGGAUACCACCAAGAGGAGCCUGGUUCCAUCUUUACGCCUCCAUCAGAAACAGCAGUUCCUUUGUGCCAAUCCUGUGGAGCUUUCUUUUCUCUACUGACAUACAUUCCCAGUAACGGCCUCCCCAGCUGAAGAUGUCUAACAAUGGAGUUGAAACAGAAGACAAACCACCUGCUCCCCCAAUGAGAAAUACCAGCACUAUGAUUGGAUCAGGAAGCAAAGAUCCUGGGACUUUAAACCAUGGCUCAAAGCCUCUGCCUCCCAAUCCAGAAGAAAAGAAGAGGAAGGAUCGAUUUUACCGAUCUAUUUUGCCAGGAGAUAAAACCAAUAAGAAGAAAGAGAAAGAGCGGCCGGAGAUCUCCCUCCCUUCAGACUUUGAACACACGAUUCAUGUGGGGUUUGAUGCGGUCACAGGAGAAUUCACAGGAAUGCCAGAGCAAUGGGCUCGUCUGCUGCAGACUUCCAACAUCACCAAGUCAGAGCAGAAGAAGAACCCCCAGGCAGUGCUGGAUGUGUUGGAGUUUUACAACUCCAAGAAGAUCUCCAACAGCCAGAAGUACAUGAGUUUCACAGAUAAAUCAGCAGAAGAUUACAAUUCAUCUAAUACAUUGAAUGUGAAGGCUGUCUCUGAGACCCCUGCAGUGCCCUCAGUGUCUGAAGAUGAGGAUGAUGAAGAUGAUGCAGCUCCACCCCCUGUGAUAGCUCCACGACCUGAACACACCAAAUCUAUAUACACCCGCUCUGUGAUAGACCCUCUCCCUCCGCCUACCAGAGAUGUGGCCACCUCUCCUAUUUCUUCUCCCUCGGAAAAUAACAGCACAACAGCACCUGACAUGCUGGUCAGGAACACAGAGAAGCAAAAGAAAAAACCAAAAAUGUCAGAUGAAGAGAUACUGGAAAAAUUAAGAAGUAUCGUGAGUGUGGGUGAUCCAAAAAAGAAGUACACGAAUUUUGAGAAGAUUGGACAGGGAGCCUCAGGUACAGUUUACACAGCAAUAGAUGUAGCUACAGGACAGGAGGUUGCAAUCAAACAGAUGAAUUUGCAGCAGCAGCCCAAAAAAGAACUGAUCAUUAAUGAAAUCCUUGUGAUGAGGGAAAACAAAAACUCCAACAUUGUCAACUACUUGGACAGUUACCUUGUAGGAGAGGAGCUCUGGGUGGUGAUGGAGUACUUGGCGGGAGGCUCCCUGACCGAUGUGGUGACGGAGACCUGCAUGGACGAGGGACAGAUCGCCGCCGUGUGCCGGGAGUGUCUCCAAGCCCUGGAAUUCCUCCAUUCAAACCAAGUUAUUCACAGAGACAUCAAGAGUGACAACAUCCUGCUGGGAAUGGAUGGCUCUGUCAAACUAACUGACUUUGGCUUCUGUGCCCAGAUCACCCCUGAGCAGAGCAAGCGCAGCACCAUGGUGGGCACCCCGUACUGGAUGGCGCCCGAAGUGGUGACGCGGAAAGCCUACGGGCCCAAAGUGGACAUCUGGUCUCUGGGGAUCAUGGCCAUCGAGAUGAUCGAAGGAGAGCCCCCCUACCUCAAUGAGAACCCUCUCAGAGCCCUGUAUCUCAUUGCUACUAAUGGAACUCCAGAGCUGCAGAAUCCAGAAAAGCUUUCACCCAUAUUCCGAGACUUCCUGAAUCGCUGUCUUGAAAUGGACGUGGAAAAGAGAGGUUCUGCAAAAGAGCUGCUACAGCACCAGUUCUUGAAAAUUGCAAAGCCUCUGUCCAGUCUCACUCCUCUGAUUAUUGCAGCUAAAGAGGCAGCCAAGAACAACCAUUAAAGUGGUGAAGUCGACACAGUCAUCAUGUCAAGACUUAAUGUUCGUUUCAGAGACUGAAUUAUUUGCCCUUCUCUCCUUCUGCUCCUUCUUCACAGGGGUGUUCUUAAAACUUUGACUUGCCCUGAAGGGUGGCAGAGGCAUCGUUCACUGUGUGUGGAAGGGCACACAGCAGGGAUGUGGCUGAUCCUACAUGGUGAACUGUCCUUCCAUCCUCGUGGUGGGGACGAGAGGGGAAGAACAUUUUCUAUGGGUGAGAAGAUCUUUUUGGGAGCGUCUGAACCUGACCUACACGUAGCGAAGCCAGUUUGUUUUCAUAUUUCUUACCGUGUUUAUUUUUAAAAAUAAUGUGGAGCCUUAGACCAUGUUUAUCUUAAUAAAUUAAAUCUUUUGCUGGCU